AUGGCUCCCCCGAUUAUUACUAUGCUCGGUCUGAUUCUAUAUUCCACGGACAAAGCUAUCCCUUGGAAUUAUGGUGCUGAUGUUUACAUUCAUGGCUUCAAGCAAGAACCUUUGACUGGUGAAACUGCUAAUGUUACUAAUCCUGAUGUCGAUAAUAUCGUUGGGACUAGUAAGGUUACCCGAAGUGGAAGGAUUUUCUCCCCAGAAAUAUCUCCGAAGACUAUUACUACUCCAGUUCGUAUCUCUGCCUUUGAGCCAAUUACUGAGAUUCAAGGCAAAGAAACAAUGAUUGAGCCUGCCCAGAUGGAGACCCCGGGUGAAACUACUAUCAAAUAUUCUUCCAAUCAAGAAGUGGAGGAAGUGCUAAAGAUUAUCCCCAAGAGUAGCUACAAUUUUGUUGAACACCAUGCUCAAGCUUUUGUUAAUUUUCUGAAAUCUGUGCACGUGCCACAAGAAAUCUCUGUUGAUCAGAUUGAGAAUUGUGUUGCUAGAUUGAAGGCCGAUAAUGGGUUAGGAUUUUCUAAUUUCGAUCUAACUCCCACGGGCAGGAAUCACAACAAAUCCAUGCAUGUCUCUAUUGAAUGUAGAGGCACCACUCUCUCUCAUGUGUUGGUGGAUAAUGUUUCCUAUUUAAAUGUGUUACCGAAGGUUGUUCUUGACAAACUGGAUUGCAAAGGGAUUAUGUUGAAGCCUAGUUACGUUGUGGUGAGAGCCUUCGAUGGUUCGAAAAGAAUGGUGCAUGGAGAGAUACAUGGGGCAGGCGUUGUGACUUCUACCUUACAUCAGAAGUUAAAGUAUCCCGCGAAAGGUAAGAUUGUCACCGUGCGUGGUGAAGAAGAAUAUAUGGUUAGUCAUUUGAAUAAUUACAAGUAUGUUGAGAUGGAUGGUGAAUUCCUCGAGACUCCCUGUCAGACAUUUGAAUUGGUUCCUCAGACAGUUGCUGUGGCUAAGCCGGUUCCUACCGUUCCCAAGGUUACUAGGGUACCUCUUACAAUGGAUUUUCUAAAGUAUGCUAGGGUUGUGGUUGAAGAAGGUGGUUGUACUAUUUGGGGUCAACUUCCUGACAUUCCUUACAAGUCUGACAUAUUUGGGUUGGGUUUCACUUCAGAUGCUCAGAAGGUUGUUUGUCGUGCUAGUGCUAUCCGUAUCACCAACAAUGGAGUUCCUAAGGAUCAAGAUAAUGUUGUGGAAGAUACCGACAGUGACUGUGCCCUAGAUAGUUGGAUAUUUCCUACCAUUGGUAGAGGGCUCAACAAUUGGAAGGCUGAAGACAUUAUUCCUAUCUUCUUUAGUCAGGAGUAA